UUGCCGUCUUGUUUUUGGCAACAUUGCAGUUUUGCUUUUUUUUUGUAUACAAACAAUUUCAUAGUUUAAAAUUGAGGUUAAUUGAUUAAUUAAUCUGUGAAAAUUAAAACGCGUAAUGCCGUCCCGUGAAAAGAGAGACGGCGGCCCAUCAUUUUCUUGAGGGGAUGAGGAACAGGAACAAAACUCUAAAACAGGUGCGCGGUCAUCAACCCUUUGCUAUAAACAUUGAUCUGCAAAUGCCUAUAUGGAAGUAUCGAGGUAAUCGCCCUUUUUACACGGUUGCUUUAUUACUAUUCACUAUGUGACUGCCGCGCUGACAAUCCUAAUAUGGUUUAGUUCGCUAAUUGCAUACAAGAAUGCAGAAGAAAGAGGAGAACUUUGACCAGAAAAAAUUAGAUCUGGAAGUAUGGCUGCAGCGAAUGGAAUCAAGACUUGCAGGUAUGGCACCUGUGGGUCAUACAGCAGACGUACUGGAGGUCCAACUGAGGGAACAGAAGGGCCUGCAUGCAGAACUACAUCAAUUUAAAGCACAAAUCGAAUCGUUCCAGCAACUUACACAAAGACUGAUCACAGCACAUCAACAUGAGGACACAAGCCGUUACAAAAAGGCGGCGGAAUAUAUCAACCAACACUACCUGAGACUCGAUGCCUGUGUAAUAAACAGAGGCAAACUCCUUCAUUCCGCUCUAAGUUCCCUGCAAAAUCUAGACCGAUCCUUAGACAAAUUCCUGGCUUGGUUAAGUGAAGCUGAGUCCGUCGUGGAAACCUUGGAAGGAGAUGUCGAAUCUCGCAGGGCAGCUCAUCAACUCAAAGAAUUACAAGCUGAUAUUGACAGGCAGGCUCCUACACAUUCUUCUCUUCGGUCUUCAAGCUUGGCCCUGCUUGGGUCUUUGGCCCCCGAGGAUGCUCUCAUGUUGCAACUUAGGGGAGACGAAAUGGAGAGGAGAUGGCAGUCCCUAAGAACACGAACCUCAGACCUGCGCAACCGUCUAGAGCACAACGCCGACUACUGGAACGCACUGUUGCUGUCACUGCGUGAACUCACAGAGUGGGUUAUUAGAAAAGACACAGAAUUAGGAUUGGCGGCGCGGCAAGAUGACCACCGAGCUUUCAGACAGCAAUUGGAAGACAAAAGGCCCUUAGUCGAGGCCAGUCUGAGGAGCGCUAGGCAGUUUGUAGCUGGAGAUCCUUCUGGAGAACUAGCGAGGAAUCUUAGAAGGGAACUCGUUAAGCUGUCGGACAAAUGGAACGCUUUGAUCGAUAAGUCGGAUCAGAUGGCGACUCGGUUCGAGCAGAAUUCCAUCAAACUGAAACAACUAACCAUGAACCUGGAAGAAGCUUCCUCGGCCGUAUCGAGGUUGGAACGGGCCACUCUCAGUUGGAGUGGUCCGAGGAGCGCAGCCGAAGCCAGGGAACUCUUGUCUAACUUGAGGACUUUGGAGCAACAAUUGCCCUCUUUGCAGAGGUCUCUCGAGGAGGCCAGGAUCCAGGCGGCUGGUAUUGGUAAUGCCUUGCCUAAUAACCUGGCAGCCCAGCUGGAAGAUUGCACCGCUAGGUGUCGGGCAUUACAAGCCGCUAUUAGAGAGAGGAGGGACCAGCUUACCAGCAGCACUCAAGGGGAAAUAUCCCCAGGUCCCUCAAGCGUCCAGCCGCCAUGGGAACGCGCUAUCACCCCCAACAAAGUCCCCUACUACAUAAACCACAGCACUGAAACCACCCAUUGGGACCACCCUCACAUGCUAGAGUUAGCCGUCUGCCUCCUCCAACUAAACGAAGUACGUUUCUCAGCCUACAGAACUGCCUUAAAACUACGCGCCAUCCAGAAGAAGCUCUGCCUCGACUUAGUCACGAUUAACGCGGCUUCCGAGGCGUUCGAUUUGCACGGUCUACGCGCACAAAACGACAAGAUAUUAGAUGUAGCCGAUAUGGUGUUGGUACUUAGGGCGAUCUAUGGGAAUAUAGCGGCUUUAGAGCCAACUCUGGUGGACAUACCGUUAUGUGUCGAUUUGGCUUUGAAUUGGUUGUUGAAUGUGUACGAUAGUCAACGCACAGGACAAAUAAGAGUACUUAGUUUUAAGGUGGGUUUAACAAUACUAUCAAAGGGUCAUUUGGAGGAUAAAUACCGCUAUCUCUUCCGCCUGAUAGCCGAUCCCCAACAAAAGGCAGAUCAAAGAAAACUAGGACUGCUCCUCCACGAUAUACUCCAAGUUCCGCGGCAACUGGGAGAAGUGGCUGCAUUCGGCGGUUCCAACAUAGAACCGAGCGUUCGCAGCUGCUUGGGGGAAAGAGAAGAAUUAGAAGCCGCCCAUUUUCUGGCCUGGCUCAAACAGGAACCGCAGUCGUUGGUGUGGCUGCCCGUACUGCAUCGUUUGGCGGCAGCCGAGAUUGCCAAACACCAAGCUAAGUGCAACUCCUGCAAGCAGUACCCAAUUAUCGGGCUGCGGUACCGCUGUUUGAAGUGUUUCAAUUUCGAUAUGUGUCAGAACUGCUUCUUUGCCGGCAGGUUGACCAAGGGGCAUAAAUUGAGUCAUCCGAUGCACGAGUAUUGUGCCACCACGACGUCCGUGGAGGAUAUGAGGGAUUUUACGAAGGCCCUGAAGAACAAGUUUAAGAGCAAGAGGUACUUUAUGAAGCACCCCCGGAUGGGUUAUUUGCCCGUUAGAUCGGUGUUAGAAGGGGACGAGUUGGAGAGCCCCGUCGCCUCGCCUCAACAUAACGAUAUGCAUUCAAGGUUAGAAAUCUACGCUAGCAGAUUAGCGGAAGUGGAACUUCGUGCGGCAUCUCCAGAAGACGAACACAGACUGAUCGCUGACUAUUGUCAAUCCAUAGAAGGCGCUCCUGCAAGUCCAGGCCAACUCAUGCUUGUCAUCGACGAAGAGCAAAGAGCCGAACUGCAGGAAAUGAUUAGAGAACUAGAGGCUGAGAACCAGGCGUUGCUGCAAGAGUACGAACAAUUGCAGAGGGGAACGACUCCCCACCCCCCGCAGCCCCAACACGACGUCCUCGCCGAGGCUAGGCUACUGAGGCAGCACAAGGGAAGGCUGGAGGCAAGAAUGCAGAUCCUCGAGGAUCACAAUCGGCAGCUGGAGGCCCAGUUGCAGCGUCUGCGGCAGCUGUUGGACGAGCCGCCGACUUCCACGCUUCAGACGAGGAGCGUCACGGCUUCUCAGUUGAAUCAGGACACUCCAGGUUCCUCCCCAGUGAACGAAAGGACUAAUUUUGGGAACCACAACGGAGCCUAUUAUUCGUAAUUGCGAGGGAGCAUAAGUAUACUCGAAUUCCAAGGCUGAUAUUAACCUUAGUUUUUGUAGUUGCACACGAAAUAUGUAUUGAAAAGUACAAGGUGUCAUAUCACUUCUCGAAUUAAUGGUAUUUAAGGGGUGUGAUAUAUUCCCGAUAAAUGUAACAAGUAUUAUACUCUGAAAUUCUGUGGUGUUCACAUAUCAUAAAGUAUUAGGCAAUGUUUGUUGUGACAGGCUUGCAGCAUUGUACAAAUAUUGUGUUGAAGAAGAAUAAAGUUGUUU